UCUUUCCUUCCAUGCUCGAUUUUUGUUAAUUCCAGUGAACGGGAAUCCAUGUCGUCACUGUUCUUUGUGUGUAAGCCUGAUGGUGUAGACUGGCAUUUUCGAUUGCAUCGCAGAAUGCCACCAAGCUGUAAUCAUACAGCGCAUUGUUCCGUCCAACAUCAAAUAUUCAUGGCAGCAAGCUGAUUCAAGUUGGGUAGCUUGAUGCUGUCCUCGUGUCCAGGAAAGAAGGUGCGCCUCACAGGUCCGAUCAGAGGGCGGAGCGCCGUUUAUCGAGAUCUCGACACUGAUCUACCGCGUAUAGGUCGAGUUGGAGCAUGCUGUAUUGUCUGGUUAGUUGACAUGUUGACAUGUCCUGUGUAUAGUUGUAGUUGUCUGGAUGACGAAGAGUUCGAAUUUCUUAGGACACGCUGGUCAGACUACGUGAGCUCUGCGCACCAGACAGGAAUGGUCAUCCUUCUGAUACUACUGCCUGAGGGCCUUACUUCACUAUCGCUCCAGUCAUUAGACGAGUCCCUGACAUGACUCGUCGACGGUUACACCAUGCGUGGUGCAAGUAUCCCUGUACAUUGUCGUGAGGUUUGUGUACUAGCGCAGGCCUCGUCGCAUGCUGC